AUGAACGUAUUUGCUAGUAGCGAUGGGUAUUUAGAAGAGUUGGAGAAAUCUGGUAAACUCACAAUUUAUUGUGGCUUCGAUCCAACUGCGGAAAGUCUGCAAUUGGGGAAUUUAGUCGCAUUCAUUGGAUUGCUUCGUCUACAAGCUUCGGGAAAUAAUGUCAUUGGGCUGAUUGGCGAGGCGACUUCACUUGUUGGUGAUCCAACUGGUCGAAAGGAUUCGAGAGUGCCUAUUAAUGAGGAAGCCUGUGCUUUCAAUUCGGAUCAUUUUCGAGACGCCUUUCUUUUGAUGCAAGCAAAUUUUACCGAACAAUUUUUGCCUAACUUUGCGCUUCUACACGAUCCUGGAAAAUUCGAGGUGCUGAAUAACAUGGAUUGGAUGAAGGGGGAGAAAGUAUUAAACUUUCUUCAAGAGGUUGCUACCUACAUAAGAUAUCAGGAGCUAGCUCACAAGGAUAGUGUCAAACUUCGUGAGUCCUACGGUUUGGGGAUGAAUAUGAAGGAAUUCGUAUACCCCAUGCUUCAGGCGUAUGAUUUUCUCCAUCUCUACCAAAACCACGACUGUCGCGUUCAGGUUUGUGGCACUUUGGCUUUAAUAUUUAGCUUGGUGCCUUUUUCACUCCUAGGUCUGACAGUUCCCCUACUGCUGGCUGCCGAUGGUACAAAGAUAGGAAAGACUACAUUAAGCAAUCAGGACGAUGUGAUAUGGCUGAAUCCUAGGUACCUCCGACCCUUCCACUUCUUUCAGAGGGUUCUCAAUCUUCCCGACAAGCUCAUGACUCCGGAGAUCCUAAAGUGUCUCUCCUUCUUUUCUGUGGAGGAGAUUGAACAGCUGUUGCUUGAUAAAAAGAAUAAUCCGUCACGUAGGCCUGUUCAGCGUGCUUUGGCUCAAGAACUGACGCUUCUCGUUCACGGAGCUGGUUGCCUUCAAGCAAGCGAAUUGGCCUCCCGCGUCCUCUAUGCCUCUAGCUCCAUCAACACUACCCAGAUGCUACCAAUGCUAGCUCUCUCAGAGGGCUUAAGCUCUACAGAGCGUAAUUUUCUGGUGUCCUGUUUGGCGCACUACACCGCACCACAGGAAGGUCCCUUACCAGUGAUUCAUGACAAGGCGCCCUCGGAUGCGGGACCAGUGGACCGUCUCCACGAAGUCCUGAAGGCUGCAAUAUCCAGCGGAUGCGAUCGCGGGAUUGGUCUCUUGGUGCAAGAUCGCGGGGUCACUCUCAAUGGACACCAGUUGCUUCCUGCUUCUUCCAGGAACGAAAGCUCGGAUAGGUCCUUCUCGGACUGCACGGAUCGCCGGUGUCUUCGACAGCUCUUCAGCUCCUCAGAUACGGCAGUUGAGGAGGCCUGGCGAGCGGCGGAUUCUGCAACAGGGUUAAGUAUCCUCCAGAUCGGUGAGUUGACUUUUCUGUGCCAGAUAGCCUUAAAUGUUACUCCUCUCAGUUCGUCCUCAGUUCUGUUUGGAUAUCGUGGGUAUGCAAUGAGAAUCCUUAACAAAGUCAAUGUAGCCCUGUUUAACCCAUACAGAUUUAACUUGGUGGACUCGAAAUGUGCUAUGCAGUACUGA